CUCUAUAUAGGGCCCUCUGCUUUAUAUCAUAUCUCUUCUUGCUGGCAUGGUUCAUUACGGGCUUCUAAGCCAAGCAGUACCUGUCCUAAGUUAAUUCUUUAUUACAGAAGGCUUUCAGGCUGGUGAAGCAGUCCAGACGUUGGCAGUGCUGGGUCCUGAACACUGGGCUGUUGACAAGAGCAGGCAAGGAAAAGCACAAGGGGCCGAGUCCAGGAGCACCUUCCCCUUGAGGUCUGCCUGCGCCGUUGCCUGCUGAUGUGCCUGCUCUAAGGGCAGCUGGAGGGACCCCUACUAACUGCUGUCCACAGGGCCAUUGACCUGAGUGUUCACCAGGAAGCACAAUGAAGAUUGUGGUGGCCAAAGUGCUGUGUCUCCUGGGCAUCGGUGUCCUCAUGCUGCUGGGGUCCCUCCUUCCUGUCAAGAUAAUCGAGGCUGAUUACGAGAAAGCUCAUCGCUCCAAGAAGGUUCUUGCCCUCUGCAAUUCCUUUGGAGGAGGAGUCUUCCUGGCCACGUGCUUCAAUGCUUUGCUGCCUGCUGUGAGAGAAAAGCUCAAUGAAGUUCUUAGGCAGGGGAACGUGACCACUGACUACCCGGUGGCUGAGACCAUCAUGAUGGUUGGCUUCUUUGUGACGGUCUUUGUGGAGCAGCUCAUCUUGACCUUCCAGAAGGAAAAACCUUCCUUCAUUGACUUGGAGACCUUCAAUGCUGGCUCGGAUGUCGGGAGUGACUCUGAAUACGAGAGUCCUUUCAUCGCAUCAUCCCGCGGGCGCCCCUUGUACAGUGAGCACGGUCACCACUCGCAUGGCCUGAGCAUCCGGGAGCUUUCCCGCUCCAGCCCCAUACGCCUCAUUGGGCUGGGGUUUGCUUUGUGUACACACUCCAUCUUCGAGGGCCUGGCCCUGGGCUUGCAGGAGGAAGGUGGCAAACUCAUGAGCUUGUUCAUAGGAGUGGCCAUUCACGAGACGCUGGUGGCAGUGGCAUUGGGCAUCAGCAUGGCUAAGGCCUCGUUGCCACUGAAGGAUGCUGUGAAGAUGGCUGUGGCAGUGAGCCUGAUGAUUCCUCUGGGCAUUAGCAUUGGGAUGGGGAUUGAGAGCACCCAAAACGCAGCCAGCAGCAUUACUUCCCUGCUCCUGCAGGGCAUCGCAGGGGGCACUUUCUUGUUCAUCACCUUCUUUGAGAUCCUUGCAAAGGAGUUGGAAGAGAAGAACAACCGUCUCUUGAAGGUUCUGUUCCUGGUGCUGGGCUAUGCAGCUCUGGCUGGGCUGGUCUUCUUCAAGUGGUGAACACAGAAGCAAUGGGAAGCAAACCUCACCUCCUUCCCUUGCAAAGAGCACCAGAGAUGAGCUUCUCUUCAGCCAAGGGGGAUGCUGAAGCUCAAUGGCUCAGUGAAACAUCACAGUCCAGGUGGUAUUUCCAUAUUGACCUAAAGAAGGAGAAUUUCUUCCUGUGUGCUCAGAGGGACAUGAAGAUAAGGAGUGUCCCAAUGUAGGUGCCACAGGUAUUGUCCCUCCUCCCUGGAUCUGCAGGCACAGCAGCUUGUGGAGAGAUUAGUUGAGACAAACAGUAAGAAUCGGAUUCGAAGGCUGCCUUCAAGGAGCUCAUCAGGCAUGUGGUUUCCUGUUAAUCUGCACAGCCAGCCCCCUCCCUCCUGCCCCUCACACUCAUUACACAAUCUGGAGCUGAGACUCUGCUCCCUUCACUCUUGGGCUCUGAGAAGGUGAGAAACAAUAACAGCAAUACAGUCAAAAACAAGUGUGGUCAUGGAUUGCACAGCUGCACUAAGCUGCUUUUCUAGCUUAGUUCUGAGCAAUGCCUGGUUGUGAGAGCUGCCAAAAAUCAUCCCUUCUGGGCCCGUGGUGUGCCUGGUGCCACAGCUCCCCCCCAACAGAGCUUCCAUCCUAACCCAUGGUGACUCAGGAGCUUUUGUUUUGCACUCAUUAAUGGACAAAAUGAGGCCAGGUCCCUGUCCCGUGUUUCAUUCUCCACAUCUCACCCAUAUGAUGAGCAUUCCAUACGGAAAACCUGCAGCAGAGUGCUAAUGUACCAUUUGGAAAUCUUCAUGUCCCUGUCCGACGGCCUUUCUGCAGCAUUCCUACA